AUGGGUAAAGAAAACAAGACAUCGGAGACAGCAGGCGAGUUCAAGCUACGCGGUUUCUCCAACUUUGUUCGAACAAACCCACGGUCUGAUCGGUUCAAAGUAAACCGUUUCCACCACAUAGAAUUCUGGUGCACGGACGCAACUAACGCGGCACGCCGUUUCUCAUGGGGGCUCGGCAUGCCCAUCGUCGCCAAAUCCGACCUCUCCACCGGAAACGCCACACAUGCCUCUUACCUACUCCGCUCCGGCGACUUAAACUUCCUCUUCACUGCCCCUUAUUCUCCAUCCAUCGCCUCGAUGGACAACUUCUCUCACACCGCUACCGCCUCUAUCCCCACCUUCAACCACGAAACCUGCCGCAACUUCUCCGCCAGACACGGGCUCGCAGUCCGUGCCAUCGCCAUAGAAGUUGACGACGCCGAGCUAGCUUUCACCACCAGCGUCGCCAACGGCGCCAAGCCUUCAGCCUCUCCAAUCCUCCUCGAAAAUCGUGCCGUUGUCGCCGAGGUUCACCUCUACGGCGACGUUGUUUUAAGAUACGUAUGCUACAGAAAUUCUGAUAACGACGAUUGUAGCCCUGACAACUGGUUUUUGCCUAAAUUCGAAGCAGUGGAGGCAGCAUGUUCGUUUCCGUUGGAUUAUGGGAUCAGGAAAUUAGACCAUGCGGUUGGAAACGUGCCGGAACUGUCUCCGGCGGUGAAUUACGUUAAGGAAUUCACCGGUUUUCAUGAAUUUGCGGAGUUCACAGCGGAGGAUGUUGGGACUAGCGAAAGUGGAUUGAAUUCUGUUGUUUUGGCUAAUAACGAAGAGAUGGUGCUGUUGCCAAUGAAUGAGCCGGUUUUUGGGACUAAAAGGAAGAGUCAGAUACAGACUUAUUUGGAGCAUAAUGAAGGGCCUGGAGUACAACAUUUGGCGCUUGCGAGUGAGGAUAUUUUCAGGACUUUGAGGGAGAUGAGGAAGAGGAGUGCAGUUGGGGGAUUUGAUUUUAUGCCUUCGCCACCGCCCACUUAUUAUAAGAAGUUGAAGAGUAGAGCUGGGGAUGUGUUGAGCGAUGAGCAGAUUAAGGAGUGUGAGGAAUUGGGGAUUUUGGUUGAUCGAGAUGACCAGGGUACUUUGCUUCAGAUUUUCACCAAGCCUAUUGGUGAUAGGCCAACUAUCUUUAUAGAGAUAAUUCAGAGAGUGGGGUGCAUGCUCAAGGAUGACAAGGGCAAGGAAUACCAGAAAGGUGGAUGUGGAGGAUUCGGGAAGGGAAAUUUUUCAGAGCUCUUUAAAUCGAUUGAGGAAUAUGAGAAGACACUUGAAGCCAAAAGAAUUCCAGAAACAACUUCAGCAUGA